GUUUCCCCCUUUUGAAACAACUGUUGUUUACUUACAGUUAAGUCAAAGUAAUCUAUUAAUUGUCACCAAGGAAGCAAAGAAAUAAUGAGUGUGAACUAUAAACGAAACUACAAGUAAUGUAGUUUGUCUCGGCCCCUCAAAUGAGUGUCACGUGUUAUCGCGAGAGUUCCAACAUCUGAUGCUUUGUAUCACAUCUAUGCUUUGCUUUCAGUGUAUGUAUCUUUUCUUUUAUGACGGGAGGUGUUAGUGGAAUCAAGGCAGCUCCAGCAUGGACUCAACGGUGGAAAUACUGGAGGACAACCUAGAGAAGAUUUUGAAGGGUGAGGGACUGGAGGUGAGAGAGUUUGAUUCAGUUCCUGAACAAGUGAAGCCCGUCACACUGAGGAAAAGUGUGUGUUACAUUGUCGGCGCAGUUAUCUUCAACUCAAAGGAUGAGGUGUUAAUGGUUCAGGAGGCAAAGAGAGAGUGUUAUGGCAGAUGGUAUCUCCCUGCGGGACGCAUGGAGGAGCGGGAAAGCAUUCUAGAGGCGCUGCAGAGGGAGGUCAAGGAGGAGGCUGGAAUAGACUGCCAGCCAAUCACACUGCUGAUGGUUCAAGAACAAGGACCAAAGUGGGUUCGCUUCGUCUUCCUUGCUGAGGAAACAGGAGGCUCUCUGAAGACAACGGCAGAAGCAGAUUCUGAAUCUCUUCAAGCUCAGUGGUGGGACCGCGAGUCCCCACUUCCUCUUCGCGCACCUGACAUACUGCCCCUCAUUGAUGCUGGGAUAAAAUAUCGCAGAAAUCCCUGGUUCCCUAUGUUACAACCUGUUGACUUCCCUUGUCAGGUUAUCUGCCAAAGACUUUUCCUCACAUUCAUCUCCAGCUACGGUAACACAGACAGCAGCGAUGAGCACCGCCUGUGGCUGCUGCUGAGGAGCAACGAUGCCACUUCUCAGCCCAGUCUUCCUCUAGCAGUGUCAGUUAAUGCAUUCGACACAAUCCCACGAGCUGCACACAGACUGGUCAAGGAGUGUGUGCCUUCUUCAUCCAUGCAAGUUCACACAUGUGGCAUUUUGGGAGUGCAGCACAAUGGGAGAAUUCCAGGAAAAACAGACGGGAUCUGCUUUAACACGCUUGUGUUGUUGGAAAAUUCAGAGGACGGGCCUGAAAUCAGCAGCCCACCAUCAUUGGAGGGUGAUGCUUACAGAUGGCAUGAGGUGACCAAUCAGAGCCUGAGGGCAAAGAUAAUACAGAGGAUUAAAGAAGAGUCUGUUCUGCCUGUUCAUAGUCUAUACUGAUGCUCUGCCACACUAGUAGAGGAUCAGGACCAGAACUGAACCUGUAUCUUCCACAUGAGCACCAAGGCUCAACGUGUCUAAAGCAUGUUCAGUGGCCAUACACACUUUCAGCUGUGUGCUUCACUCGUCUUUCCCUCUUUGGUGUCUGCAGUUCAAGUUCUAAAUAACCCUUUGUGAAAAGGAAGUGCACUUAAUUAUUGAUUGCACAAUUGUAGUGUACUUCAAAACUUAUAAAAAUUAGAAAAAAAGGUAUUACUUAUAUUACAUUAUUAUAAAAAAUAAAUACUUUAUUUCAGAAACAAUAUAAUUGUGAAGUUACAUAUAAAUAGUUUAUUUGUUUAUUUAAACUAUAAUACAGUUAAAUUAAAAUGUAGAUAACAUGCAAUAAAGUCCAAAACAUUGUUUAGUUCACACUUAAGUAUAUUAUUAUAAAGUAUAUUAUUUCUGUAAUAGGUACUCUUUUUAAAAGUAUGCUGAAGGGUUUUUUGUUAAGUUUUUUUCACAAGGGGAUCUUUUCUGUAUC